AUCACUCAAACCUUCCACCGCUCCCCAAUGCAAACACCGAGAGCAGCCUUGAACACAGCCCCAUCCUGCUCUCAGCAUUUGCUAAAGAUACGACACAGGAUACACAUUCGCUCACACGCCAGCGCCACAGUCUAUCUCCAACCUAAGUCAGAGUGAGGAAACAGAACUUGAGGGAAGGAAGCUCUGGAGUCGCCGAGGGAAGCAGGAUUUGGAUCGGGUCUGCGUAGUUUCUUUUGUGAGCGGUGAAGCUUAGAUUUGUAACACUGGCAGAAUAUCUGGGAUAUUCUUUGCAAACAGGCCGGAGCGCAGAAGGAGAAGAUGUUUGAUUAGUUAAGUAAUGUAACCUAAAGCUUGGAUACCGCCCUCACAAAAACAGAGAAGACACACAUCAGGAGGAAAUUUUUGAAAUUCUCUUUGUCUCAGACCGCUCACCGCUCCCCAGGUCUGUUCAGAGAGGAGCAUCAAGCUUAGCACACAAACGCCCACCCACAGGAUGAGCCUGCCGCUCAACGGGACGCUGGAGGAGAUGAGCUGUGAGACCCUCCCCGAGCCGCGGCCCGCCUCCAGCGCGGCGUCGGGGGUCGUGGUGCCGCCCCCGUACUCGCCGGGCGGCGCCGCCGAUGCGGCCGAGGGCCCUCUGGAGCUGAGGGGGUCCCUGGACUGCUGGGCUUGCUCGGUGCUGGUCACGGCUCAGAACCUGGUCAUCGCGCUCGUCAACGCCGGACUGGCCACCGUAGUGUUUGGCAGCAUCCUCGCCCCCGCUCUGGCCAUGAUUGUGUUCGGUUUCCUCUGCCACUCCACGGUGCAGCCUCAUGGAACGUCCCUGUACUGCUCCGACGUGCUGGACGACGGCGGCUGCGUGGCCCUGCUGGUCGUGGGCUUCCUGCUGCUCACCCCGCUGCUGGUCCUGGCGCUGGCGGCCUACUGCCGCCUGGCCCGACACCUCCAGCUGGGCCUGUGUUUCAUCCCCUACAGCCGCGCCGUCUACAAGAACCUGCCCGCCUCGCACCAUCGGGGGGGAGGCUGCUUCAGCCAGCGGGGAAGCUUGGAGCGGGAGGGGAAGGGGAGCAUAUGGGUGUAGGAGGAGGAUGCUGCCUGUCCCCAGCCAUGGAGGGAGCAGCGUUUGGAUGGAGACUGGCUCCUUUGAGGAGCAGAUUGUUCCAGUUUUUCUUUUUCUAACAUAUGAAAGUCUUCAUAUUUUCUCAUUUGCAGUAACUGAUGUAUUUUUAUACUUUUGUACAAUAAAGUGUUGCUUUUGCUGCCG